AAAAUUUUUUUUAUCAUCAAAUAAAUGUUUGCCGUCCUUACAUUUAGCUAUGUGGUAGCCAUAAUGAUACCGAUCUGUCUAAUUUUAAUCUUACCAAAAAUCUUGAUUGAAUGUUCAAUUUGUUUUAUGUAUUAUGAUACAUAUAAUCAUUUAACACGACCACAUAAACGCCCAUCGUAUGUAAAAGCUGAUAAUGAAAGACGUCGUAUGUUACUAUUAUCGAAAAUGUUUUAUCGAAUUACAUCAACAACUAAAUUAUUAAGAACUAAUAAUAAUGAUAAUGAUGAAUAUCGAUUUAAAUGUUGGAUCAUGUCAUUGGAAAGAUUCUUGAAUGAAACCGUUGAAUCCUGGGAACAGGUUACAGAAUUUCACAUUAAUAUCAAAGAAUUGAAUGCUAAAUAUAAACAAGAAUUGAAAACGAUUCGACGUGAAUUGAAGAGAAUGCCAAAAUCAAAUCGUUCACAACAAGAAAUCACCAAUUUAAUUAAAUUUAUCGAUUUGGUUAGAACAUUUGAAUUUUGAUAAAAUUUUCAUCUCAUUUCAAAAAAAAAAAAAUACAAUAAAGAGAAUCAGAGCAAAUCAAAGGUAACAAACACCGGUUAAUAGUGGUUGAUUGAAUAAAAUGAAAAUAAUUUAAAAUAA